GAAUAAACAGGCGUUUGGAGAAAAAAGUUGCUCUGUGCUUUGACCUAAUAAUAAUCAUAACGAUAAAUAGAAAGUAAAGGCCGAUUGUGAAGCAAGUUCUACAACUUGUAUUUAUCACUCUUGACACCUCAUUCCUGAUGGAAUCCAUCACCAGGAGGGUAUGAGAGAAGAGGCCAGUUUCCCUUUUAUUGCUGAGCGCCAAGCAAGGGAGCUACUGGUACCAUUUUUCACGUCUUUGGUAUGACGCGCUCAGGGAUCGAACCCACGACCUCCUGCACUCGAAGUGGACGCUCUACCACUAGGCUAUCAAGGCGGAGCAGAAGAAGCUGAAUAUUGGCCUGUUGUUAUAUAAGAUUAAGAAAUGGGUUUAGCAGCUUCAAGGCAAGAGGCAUUUUGGGAAGCAUGCGGUUUUGGUCAUGUUCAGAGGGCAAGACAUUUCCUAGAGGAAGGAGAUAUAGAUGUUAACUGGGUCUCCUACACUAAUGACUGCUGUCCAAUACAUGUAGCAUCACAGGGAAAGCCAGACAUUGUCCAGCUGUUACUGCAGCACAAGUGUAAUGUUAAUGUCAGAGACAAUCGGGAGAAUCUGCCCCUUCACCAUGCUGCAAUGAAAGGGCAUGCAGAUAUUGUACAGACUCUUUUAGACGCUGGAUCAGAGAUAAAUGCUCAAGAAAAGAAUGGAUGGACAGCACUACAUAAUGCAGCAUACUGGUGUCAUCCAGAGGUGGUUCGUGUCCUCUUGAAAAAUGGCUGUGAUGUCCAUAUACAGAACAAGGAUGAGCGUACAGCAUUACAUGAAUGUGCACGGUCUCAGCAGACAGAUGACCAGAAGUUGGGUGAAAUAGCUCAGAUAUUGGUUGAUGCUGGAUGUGAUAUAAAUAGCAAGAGCAGUGAUUGGGGCGAGGCUGACUUGACUGGUUUGAUGUAUGCAUCAUUUCACAACCAUCCUGAUGUAGCCAGUGUUCUUAUCGAGGCAGGCUGUCAACUCAACUCUGUUGGAACUACUUUUUGGAGUGCCCUUCACUGGGCUGCAGACCGGGGAAAUGACGAGCUGGUCUAUAUACUUCUUGAUGCAGGAAUUGAUCCCACCAUCAGAGAUAUGAGGGGAGAAACUGCUGCAGACAGGGCACAGACUGACGAGAUUCGACAGUUUAUAGCAACAGCAAUAGAUAUACAGAAAGAACUAAACAGAGUUAAACAACCAGUCAUUAGGCCAGCUAGACAACUGUGUAAACCUGAAGAACCAUUUAAACCAAAAUGUGAUGCCAAUUUUAAGUCACAGUCCUUCUUGCCAAAAGAUUGGAAGCCUUCAAGUUCUAUCAAUGUGAAAAAUCUGAUAAUUGAAAAGAAAUCACGACUUGCUGCUAUGACUUCACAAAAAUACAGGAAUGAACUGGCUAAGAGAACUGGUACUGAUGUUAUUAAGGACAAAGAUGUAAAGAAAUCUGGUGAAGAGGUUAAGCUUGAAGAACAGUCCAAGGAAAGUUCAGAUAUUGAAGAAGGUGCAAAAGAUUUAGACUCUAUUGAAGACACAAAAAACAUUGUUUGUAGUGAUGGAAGUAUCCAAGUUGAAACAGAAUCAAAUGAAGUUAACUUGUACAUAGAUGGCAACAUUGUUCCACCUCCAGAGGAUCCAGCUGAAAGCAGUGGGCUACCAGAAGAAAGCUUCGAUGUCAAGAUAUGUGAUACUGAAGGACAGCCUGAAAAUAAUGAAGUUAUAGAUGACAUUGGAGACUCUGACAAGAUUAGCAGUGAACUUGAUGAGGAGGAAACAACUGAAGUUUGUGCAAGUGAAAAUAAAGAGGGCAUUGGUUCCCAGAAUGAAUCAAAGAAUGAAGCUUUAACACUUAAUUCUGAAACUGAUGAAAUCAAUACUGCUCUUACAGUGGAAAAGGGGGAUAAUGCCAAAUUUAAGGACAAUAUAGAUACUAAUAGAGAGUCAGACUCUCAUGGGAAUGUUGGUAAUAGUGAAAUGAGUGAAAUUAAUACAGCAGAAGGAACUGAAGAUAAUAUCACACCGGAAAGUCACAAUAUAUCCCAUGACAGUUGAUGAAAUCUUACAAUAAUAAAAGAAAACUAAAUUGCUUUUGCGUUUAUUAUAAGCCAAUACUUUUGUGUAACAAAGAAUGAAAGAGGAAGAAAAAAGAUUUAUUACAAGUGGAAAUAUAUGCAUAAAGUAUUCUAAAGGUGAUAAAUAAAGUUUGCUUUUAUUGAGUAGCUUAAAUGUUCAGCUAAGAUUAUAUUUUCACUUUAAUGUUUUCUUUUUUGUAUCAAAUGGAUAUGAGAGUCAUAAGCAUGUUUGAUGUGUCUGUCUGGCUGCAACUGAAGGCUGUGGAUCUAUCAUUUAGAAUUCAAUUUUUAGCACGACUAUUCGAAGGGGAGCUAUCCUACUCGCCCCGGCAUCAGCGUCGCACAAAUGUUGAAGUUUGCGUACCGCCCCAAAUAUUUUCAAAGUCCAUUGAGAUAUUGCUUUCAUAUUUUGCAUACUUGUUUACCAUCAUGACCCCAGUCUGUAAACAGGAGCAGACAACUCUAUCAAGCAUUUUGACAGAAUUAUGGCCCCUUUUCGACUUAGAAUAUGCUUAUUGUAUUAUUGUAAUGUUAAAGUUCGCGUACCACCCCAAAUAUUUUCAAAGUUCAUUGAGAUAUUGCUUUCAUAUUUUGCAUACUUGUUUACCAUCAUGACCCCAGUCUGUAAAAAGGAGCGGACAACUGUAUCAAGCAUUUUGACUGAAUUAUGGCCCCUUUUUGACUUAGAAUAUGCUUAUUGUAAUGUUAAAGUUUUACUCAUAGCUUAUAUUACACUAUCAAGCACUGAGAAUAGUCGAGCGUGCUGUCCACUGACAGCUCUUGUUGUUUAUCUAGGUUAUCUAAUUAAUCAAAAUGUUAUCUCAUUUGAGGAAAUACCAAAUAUUUCAGGGUAAAAAUUAAACAUUCAUACAACAAAAAGUAUUUCUCUGAAUGUUGACAGUAUUAACUGUUUCACUAAAGCAAUGUGCUACCUGUUUUUAUUACAAAAAUUAGCAGGAAUUUUCAUGUACACAUUUGAAGUAAUUGAGAAACUGUUUGGAUAAAGAAAUCAGCCAGUUCCAUUUAAGACUAGCAUAUCAUCACAUCACUUUGUAAUGGAAAAAAUAUCGCGGUAUCUCUAAUGGUAAAAGCUGGCCGGUUCUGAGUUUAAAAUAGACCAAUAAAGGCAGUAUUUUACUCUAGAAAUAGUACAAAUAUUUGUUAUCGACAUUGGCAUUGAAAAUUAGGUAUAAUGAUAUAACUUAUCAAGCAAAGUCUGAAUUGUUUUGUAACAUAUAAUUUAUUAUGUAAUUGACCUUUGAAUGGAUUAGGCAUUAUUCCAAAGUUCUUAUUUAGCUUGACUAUAUGAAGUAUGGAGAGCUGUCCUACUCGACCCGGCAUCGGCGUCCGUGUCUGCACUUUGGUUAAAGUUUUGCUGCACUUUCACUUUAUCUCUGUAAUUACUUCAUGGAUUUGUUUCAAACUUAAAAUAGUUAUUCCUCAUCACCCUUUUAACAUAUGGCACAAGGUCCAUAACUCUCAUGCCAAUAUUUCAUAAAUUAUCUCCCCAUUUUACUUAGAAUUUCAGGUUAAAGUUUUCAUGUACUUUCACUCUUAUCUCAGUUAUUACUAAAUAGAUUUGAUUCAAACUUAAAAUAGUUAUUCAACACCAUCACUCGCAUCAUAUGACUCAAGAGCCAUAACUCUUGCACCAAUAUUUGAUGAAUUAUCUCCCCUUUUUACUUAAAAUUUCAGCCCGCCCGCUUAGCUCAGUAGGUAAGAGCGUUAGUCUACGGAUCGCGGGGUCGCGAGUUCGAUCCUGGGACGGGGCGCAUGUUCUCUGUGACUAUUUGAUAAAUGACAUUGUGUCUGAAAUCAUUAGUCCUCCACCUCUGAUUCAUGUGGGGAAGUUGGCAGUUACUUGCGGAGAACAGGUUUGUACUGGUACAGAAUCCAGGAACACUGGUUAGGUUAACUGCCCGCCGUUACAUGACUGAAAUACUGUUGAAAAACGGCGUUAAACCCAAAACAAACAAAAAAAAAAUUACUUAGAAUUUCAGGUUAAAGUUUUGAUGCACUUUCACUGUAUCUCAGUUAUUACUAAGUGGAUUUGAUUCAAACUUCAAAUAGCUGUUCCACCUUAUCACCCACAUCAUAUGACACAAGGUCCAUAACUCUGGUACCAAUAUUUCAUGCAUUAUGCCCCUCUUUUACUUAGACUUUCAGGUUAAUUGUGAUGCAUUUUCACUAUAUCUCAGUUAUUACUAAAUGGAUUUGAUUCAAACUUGAAGUUGUUAUUCCACAUCUCCCACAUCAUCACCCACAUCAUAUGACACAAGGUGCAAAAAUCGCUCUUGCACCAAUAUUUCAUGAAUUAUCCCCCUUUUUGCUUAGAAUUAUACUUAUUUAAUGUUCUUUACCUCUCUUAUUACUUAAUACUUUUGACACAGACUCAAGCUAUUAUCCAAUAUGUUCAUUCUUAUUGGAGUCAUUAAACACUCAAGUGACAGCUCCAGCUUCCUCAGAUUUGCCCAGUUUCACUAUCCAGCAUCAAAAUAGUCGAGCUUGCUGUCUCCUGUGACAGCUCUUGUUUGUAUUUUGUCAUCUUCUAUUUCAUUCUGAUAUAUUGACAUUCAAAGGAGAUAGUUUUUGUUUUAUCAUCUUAAAAUCUUCUGCAUAUUUGGUGCAAAAUUUCAAUAAAUAAUUAAAAGCAAAUGUUUGUAAUGCCAUGUGGAAGUGUAAUAUGACUUCAAGAUAGCCAUUUUUAAUAGUCAAAAUGAAUAAGACAGCUAUUUUUCAGGAUUUAUUGUUAAUAUUGUUUCAAAAGUCCAUUAUGCAUUACUUUAUACAUUACUCACUUCAGUGAACUCUUAUAUAGGAUACAUUUCAGGAAAUACAGUGCAGAUGAAAGCACUGCUUUUUUGCAGCCAUUUUUGUUUUUAGAUUGGUGCAGUGAGUGCAUAUCUAUAAUGAUCAGGUGGUCCCCAGUACAUAGAACAGACGUCUGAUUAAACUUGCCUUUAUUGGAUUGUGACAAGAUAAUGUAAUGUUAUCUGAUAUGCAAGCAUCUCAUUUUAGAUAGUAUUCAAGGUAUUAAAUCAAGCUUUAUACUUGUACUGAAUUGAAACGUGUUAUUGAUCGAGUACAGGAAAUGGAAUACUCAUCAUUAUACAGUCUGAAGGAACUACAUGUAAAUUAUCUUGUAUAAAAUAAGGAUAUUUGAAUGAUUAGAAUGUUUGCUUUUCAUUUUAUGCGUAUCAGCAUAUUCAUUUAUAAUCUGAUGUAAAUAUUUGGUUUUAUAUGCAUGAGAUAUUUUACCAGCAGUUUCAAUUAGAUAGAUUCAGUCCAAUUGAAUCGACUGGAAAAUUUUGACUUUUUUUAUACAGUUCUGUUAACCUAAACUUGUAACCCACAUAUAUCAUGUUAUAUCUCUUACGUUGCAUAACUUGUAAACUGAGAUACAGUCUAAAGUUAAAUAUUUACUAAUCUCAUAUAAAUAAUAGCUUUGAUUUAUAAUUUACCACAAAAUAUGUUAGCUUGUGAUUGAUGUUUUGCAACAGACAUGUCAGUUUGCUUUCAAACACUUUCAGUCAUAAAGAGUUGCAGCUGCAGCUUUCAGACUUAAUGCAAUGAUUAAGUACUUCUAGUGGAAGAUACCGGUCCUAUUGAUUCUGGUGUUAGUGGCUGAAAGGUCAAGGUCACAGAGACCUGACUUAAUUUCUGGAAAUGCUCUUUAGUCAGACAUAUAAUUGUUAAAUGUUUCAUACUUUACAUGACUUAGCACAUCAUAAGGGGGAUCCUUACUGUUUUUAGCUCACCUGUCACAUAGUGACAAGGUGAGCUUUUGUGAUCACCCUUCGUCCGUCGUCAGUCCGUCCGUGCGUCCGUCAACAAUUUCUUGUCUGCACGAUAGUGGUUUCAUUUAUGAUUUUAUUUUAACCAAACUUGCACACAACUUGUAUCACCAUAAGAUCUCGGUUCCUUUCUUGAACUGGCCAGAUCCCAUUAUGGGUUCCAGAGUUAUGGGCCUGAAAGGGCCAAAAUUAGCUAUUUUGACCUUGUCUGCACAAUAGCAGCUUUAUUUAUGAUUUGAUUUUUACCAAACUUGCACACAACUUGUAUCACCAUAAAGUCUUGGUUCCUUUCUUGAACUGGCCAGAUUCCAUCAUGGGUUCCAGAGUUAUGGCCCCUGAAAGGGUCAGAAUUAGCUAUUUUGACCUUGUCUGCACAAUAGCAGCUUCAUUUAUGAUUUGAAUUUAAUUAAACUUGCACAAAACUUGUGUCACCAUAAGAUCUUGGUUCCUUUCUUGAACUUGCCAGAUCCCAUUAUGGGUUCCAGAGUUAUGGCCCCUGAAAGGGCCAAAAUUAGCUAUUUUGACCUUGUCUGCAUAGUAGCAGCUUCAUUUAUGAGUUGAUUUUAACCAAACUUACACACAACUUGUAUCACCACAAGUUCUUGGUUCCUUUCUUCAACUGGCCAAAUUACAUCAUGGGUUCCAGAGUUAUGGCCCCUUAAAGGUCCAAAAUUGGCUAUUUUUGCUUUUGCAGCCAUAUAGAGACUUCAAUUAUGGUUUUAUUUGAUACAAACUUCCAAAGUAUCUUCAACAACAAUAAAUCUUGGAUUCCAUGACAAAUCAGAUCCAAUCGUAGGUUCCAGAGUUAUUUUAUAUCUGAUUACCUCCCCUGAUUGUAAUCAAAAUGGAUUUAUAUCAGUAAGUACUUAUAGGACUUAUUUGAAAUUUCAUUAUUGUUAUUAGUUGGACUGAGACAAUCAAGGUAGAUAACUAUGGACUGAUUUUAUAUCAAAUUACCUCCCUUUAUUUCAAAUUAAGAUGGGUAUAUCUUCGUAACUUAUGAAGAUACUGAUCUGAAAUUUCAUUUAUGUCAACAGAUUUAUUUGGCAGAUCCUUCUUUUGUUCACUUACAAUAUUUUUUUUUUUUUAAUUACUUCCCUUUUACGUUACUAUAAAUAGCUUAUUUUUAGUAACUUUUAUAUUAUUGGCCGUAGGGAAAACCCGAGACCACUUUUCUGUGGUACAACAUGGAUGGUACCUCCAAUUUUUAGGUGUAUUUUGACAUAUCUAUACCUUGUAAGAAUUUUUUUCUUUUUGGCUAAAUUUCUUCCCUUUGUUGUUCCUGUAUUUUUUCUGAGGACCUUCUUGUUCUCAAGUGCAAUGAUAACAGGUGAGCGAUAUAGGGCCAUCAUGGCCCUCUUGUUAAAGCAUUGUCCCAUUCUGCUUGCGAAUUGGCAUAUUAUACAGAGCUCUUGUUCAAAAUCUUAAUAUCAAUUUUAGCAUCAACGUCGGCAUUUAGAUUUGUUAAGUUUUGUAUGUAGGCUGGUAUCUCGUUACCAUUUGUGGAAAUUGAUUGAAAUCCCACACACUUGUUCAUCAUGGUGCAGUGCCCAUGUUCCAUCACUCCUUGCUUUUUGAUAGAGUUGUGCCUCAUUUAAGAUAGACUGUUUGGAGAAGAGUAAGAGCUAUUUUACUCGUCUGGGUGUUGGCAUUGUUGUCAGCAUCUCAUCUUGGUUAAAGUUUAGUGGACAGCUUACUAUCUCAGUAAUCAAUGCAUGUAAUGAAUUGAAACUUUACACAAGCCUUCCCAAGUCAUUGGAAUUUUAUUCAAAUUAAUGCCCAUUUUAGACUUAGUAAAUCUGGUUGAAGUUUUGCAAUUAAGUUGUUAACAUUGCCAUAGUGAAAUUUAAAUGUGUUAUGUAUUGUAAUGAAAUAACUCAUUUAUAUAACUCUUGCCAAGUUAUUGCCCAUAUUUGACAUAGAAGAAGUAGAAGAGUCAAGCCUGGUGCCUUAUGGAUAGCUCUUGUUUGACUAAGCAAUUUUGUGUGUGUGUGUGUGUGUGUGUGUAAUCUGUUUUGGCCUGAAGCACCAUAAGAGAGGAAAAUUCAAUGAUUCAGAAUUGUUGCCAGUUUGUUCUUGUUUAUAUCUAUGUUUUCAUGAUUAUAACUUUAUAAUGUCAAGGCUUUUAAUUGAGCCGCACCAUGAGAAAACCAACAUAGUGCAUUUGCGAUCAGCAUGGAUCCAGACUAGGCUUUGAAAGCGAAUAGCAUGGAUCCUGACCAGACUGCACGGAUGUGCAGGCUGGUCUGGAUCCAUGCUGUUUGCAAAUGCACUAUGUUGGUUUUCUUAUGGUGCAGCUCAAAUAAUCGAAACAUUGCUGUCCUCCAGCAACACUUGCUGUUUAAGACACUAUUUCUGUUUUAAUUAAUUUCAGUUUUGAAAUAUUUAUUCUGUUUGCAUCUGAACUUUAAGUCUGGUGUCAGAUUUGAAUGUUAAGAUACGUUUUAUAUUAUUUUUAUGAUAAGUGCAAUAUGAAAUAAACAUAUAUAAUAAAUGAUAUAAUUAUGUGAAAAUACUUUCCUGAUAAAUAAACAUCAGUAGAGGUAUUUUUGUACAUAGGUUUUGUGUGACAUUUUCUGCUUUCUAUGAGCUAUACAGUGAAAUCAUGAAUUUCCAUGGGGAGUUUAUGGUUUAGUCAAUCUAAGAAAUUCAACACCAAUGAAGUAGUAAAAUUUCCAUUCAUUUUUUGUUAAAAGAUCAAAAUUCACCAAUUUGUAUCUGAAUAAAACAGCCAUUUUGACCAAAAUCACAAAAUUCCAUUCACAUGAAAUUAAAGAUUUUACAAUACUUAAACUUUAUAGUUGAGAUUUGCAGCUGAGAAAUUUCCACAUGAACAGGUAGAAAUUGUAACUUGGCACAAAUAUAACUCAAACAAAUUGUGAAAUUUCUCCAAAAUCACAAUGUGUCUAUGUAAUAAAACAGGUUGCCAUAA